GAUUGUUACAAAUGAAUAUUUUCACGAUCACCGCAAACACAUGUUUCAAUUUAUUUUUGUAAAUAGUUUUCUAUUUUUUCAAUCAGAUUGAUAUCAUCUAGAAUUGUCUAUAGAUGCAUUAUUAGUUGCCAAAGAAUAUGAGCCAGUUAAAAUCAAGUUUUGCAGUGAAAAGCAAAUUUGAAGCAUUUUACACCGGUGGAAAAAUCCAGAUAUCGUCAGAUGGAGGGUAUAUGUUUUGUGGGUGUGGUAACAGGAUUAAUGUCCUAGAUGUUGAAACAGGCAAAGUUCAUGUGACCAUUGGUCAGGAUGAAGAUGAAGAAAUUACAAGUUUUUGUUUAAGUCCAAAUGAUCAGUAUGUUGUUAUAGCAACUCAGCAGUUAUUGUUACGACAAUGGGACUGGAAAGCUCAGAAACUUGUGAGGACAUGGAAGGCUAUACAUUUUGCACCUAUAGUAUCAAUGGCAUUUGAUUGUACAUCAACAUUGUUGGCUACUGGUAGUGCAGACUCUACCAUUAAAUUAUGGGAUGUGGAAAAACAGUACUGUACCCACAAUCUACGGGGACAUCAGGGCAUUAUCAGUGUUGUUGCCUUCCAUCCGGAUAUUUCACGCUUGCUGCUGUAUACUGCUGGUGAAGACUACAAAAUACGAGUAUGGGACUUGAAUACUAGUAAAUGUUUAGCAGAAGUGGCGGCACAUUACAGUCUUGUUACAAGUGUUGAUUUCUCUGCUGACGGUUCAAGUAUAUACACGACUGGUAGAGAUGGGGUGGUGAGGAUAUUGGACACAAAUACGCUAACAAUCAAGAAAACUAUACCAGUGUUUGAGGUCAUUGAGUCAGUGGUGCUUCUUCCAGAGAAUGUAGAAUAUCCAGCCAUUAAUGUAGAUGGUGAAAGUAUAUAUUUCAUAACAGCUGGUAAUAAAGGUAAUUUACGACUUUGGAAUUCUGAUUCUGGAAAAUGUGUGUUCACGACUGAUGUUGUCAAUGCCACAAAUCAGAUCACUGUCGACAGCUCCGACUCGUCUAAAACCGACAGCGAUAGUCAGAAUAUUGUACAGAUGAUUUAUAACAAACAGAAGAAUAAUGUUACCGUGGUAACGUUUGACCAGAACAUUUCUAUAUUAGGACUGGAAAAGCUCAGGUUACAGAAACAGUUUGCAGGAAACAAUGACGAGAUAUUGGAUGUGAAGUAUUUUGGCGAGGAUGAAAAGUUCGCUGUAGUUGCCACCAAUAGUAUGCAUAUUAAAGUGUUCCAGUUGUCAAACUUUGAUUGUGAGAUUCUGUACGGACACACGGACAUUGUCAUGUGUCUUGAUGUGGUACACAAGUCGGAUAUGUUUAUCACUGGUGCCAAGGACAAUACUGUAAGGGUGUGGAAAAUUAACCCAGCUGUGAAGCAGGUUUCUUGUUUGGCCAUAGGUCAAGGUCAUACACAUGCUGUGGGUGCCAUUGCAAUGUCAAAGGUAAAACCAAAGUUUUUUGUGAGUGGUAGUGAAGACUGUACCUUGAAAUUAUGGCUGAUGUCAGAUGUCCUUGACCCUUCCGUAACCAAGGAGAUGCAUGCAGCUGUCACUGAGAAAGCCCAUGACAAGACAAUUUGUUCUGUUGUUGUUGCUCCAAAUGAUAAGUUUAUUGCCUCGGGUUCUAUGGAUAAAACUGCCAAAUUAUGGAAGGCCAGUGACCUGUCAUUAAUUGGUGUGAUGAGGGGACACAGGAAAGGUAUUUGGUGUGUACAGUUCUCACCAGUCGAUCAGAUAUUAGCUACUUCAUCUGGAGAUGGGACAGUGAAAUUAUGGUCACUUUCAGAUUUCUCUUGUGUCAGGACAUUUGAAGGUCAUGAUUGUGCUGUUCUCAAAGUCACAUUUGUUACCAGAGGGAUGCAGUUAUUGUCUAGUGGCACAAAUGGUUUAGUGAAACUAUGGACCAUUAAGAACAAUGAAUGUGUUAAAACUAUGGAUGAACAUGAUGAUAAAGUAUGGGCUAUGGCUGUGAACGAUGCUGGUGACAGUUUCAUUACUGGUGGCGCAGACUCUAACCUUAUCAUUUGGAAGGAUGUUACAGAAACAGAACAGAAUGAGGUCCGUGAGAAACAAGAACAGUUCAUCUUACAAGGUCAGGAGUUAUCUAACUUGAUUCAGCAAAAGAAAUAUUUGAAGGCAAUUGGAUUGGCUAUUACUUUGGAACAACCAUUUAGACUUCUAAAUAUUCUUAAAGAAAUACUGUCAGAAGAGGGAGGAAAUGAUAAGUUAUUCAGUACACUUCAGAAACUCAGGAUGGACCAGAUUGACGCAUUGCUGAGAUUUGCAGUGAAGUGGAACACUAAUAGUAGGCACUGUCAUGAGGCCCAGGUCAUUAUUUCAUCCGUUCUGAAGACAUAUCCACCUAAACAGUUACAUGAACUUGGAAACCUGAAGUCAUCAGUGGAAGGAUUACUACCCUAUACAGGGCGUCAUUUUAACAGAAUGUCUCGUCUUGUACAACAGUCAAUGUUCUUGGAGUAUACAUGGCAGUGUAUGAAAGGCAUUAGCUCUCUACAACCACAUGCUGAAGUAGAACCAAUCAGUCAGGAAACUGCUAGAAUUACAGAAGAAACUGUUGACCAAAGUGAAGAGAGUAGUUCGGAAAGUGAAUCAGAACCGGUCAUGGAUAAUGAUACGGAAGCAAAUGAUAAAAUCAGGAAAGGAAAUCUACAAGAUGAUUCAGAAGCAAAUGAAUCCAGCAGCUCUGAGAGUGAUAAUGAAACUGUAAAAGAAUCUUUAACACAAAAGAAGGGGAAAAAAGCCAGGAAGAAGAAUACCAAAACACUGGGAAAAGACAAGUCAACAAAAGUUGAUGAGAUAAAAUCAAUGGAACUAAAAAGUUCAGAAAAAGGUAAAUCACUGGAUGAAAAAGUGGUAUUACAAACUGAGGACUUAUCUAAUGAAGACUUAUCUGACAAUAGUGAUGAAUCAGAUAAUAGUGACUCUGGAAAGGAAAAUGGUAGAGUUGCAUUGAAAGGUAAAAAGUUAGAUAAAACAAAAGCGAAGCUAGUAGGAAUCAAAGGUAAAGAUUUGGAUUCAGAAACAUCUGAGAGUGACUCAGACAGUGGUGAAGAUGACACACUGUCAAGUGUUAUGAGUGAAAAAGAAAUGCUCAGAUUAGCUCAGGUUAAAUCAAGUGCUGGUAAAAGGUUGGAAAAGGGCAGCAGUUUAGAGGAUUCAGAUGACACUGAUGAUGAUGAGUCUGAUUCUGAAGUGGAAUUUAAACCUGAAUCUUCAUCCGAGGCAGUUACGAUGGAUGUAGAAGAAGACGCAAGUGACAGGGGAGGUGUUAGUGAAGAAAAUAUCAAGAAAAACUUAUUUGAAAGCUACAUUAAGAAGAAAAAGAAUAGGGGUUCAAAACAGAAUUUGGAUGCUCAGGUUAGCAAAAAGACCGACACCAGAAGAGGUGGACAAAAAAGAAAAAUUACUGAUGAUUACACAGUGAUUAAGGAUAAAACACCGAAAGUUAUCGGCAUGCAGUAUUUUGUCGAUAAGAAACCCGACAAGAAUACACAUCUUGUAGAUGAUAAAGAGAAUAAGGUGUCGAGACCGCUAACAAGAAAUCUAACAAAAGCAGCUAAAUUAAAGAGUUUAAAAAAGCCCGGGAGAAGAUGAUAAAACUUCUUGAUUUUAACAUUAUAUUUGUAAUAAAAUACUGAAUAAAUCGUGUACAUU